AUGCGCAACACCGCACAACGCGCAUGUUCCACAUGCCGUAAGCAGAAGCGCAAAUGCACCAGAGAGCUUCCCGAGUGCAGUCUCUGCCUGAAGCAUGGAAGACGCUGCGACUACGAUGAAUCUAUUCCGGCCACGACUCGCCCAGAUGUGCCGCAACUCCCUUCCUCCCGCCCGCACAUAUCGCCCUCCUCUCCUGGCAACACGCAAGCAUCGCCCUUUCGACCAAAUGGAUCAUCACAGGAUCUAGCCUUACCUCUUUUGGCACAGUCCAAGUUUCCAGCCUCCUUCUUCCUCGACCAUGAUGUAUUUCAAUUACUCGGUCGUAGUAUAGAGCCAGCAACGGCAAAAUUCCCGCUGUCAAUAUUGGAUCCCGUUCGCGAUCAAGCUCGAAUAAGAAGCGAUGUGGACAUCUACUUUAAUUCGACUCACACCUUUUUCCCAAUAAUCUCCAAGACUCGCCUUUAUAGAGAGAUCAGCAACACCGGUAAUUCCAUCAACGCAGACACUGCACUGCUGCUAUCUGCCCUGCACCUGCAUGUCCAACCAUCUGAUGAUACUGACCCGCCCUCCCGAGAGACCUACAAAGCUGUCAAGGCUUACUUCUCCCAGAUUGAGGCCAGCAAUGUUAUUUCUCUUCGCCUUCUGCAAGCCGCCCUGCUCAUCGCCUUGUACGAGGUGUCGAAUGCCGUCUAUCCCAUGGCAUAUCUGACUGUAGGCCAUUGCGCAAGGUUAGGACAUGCCCUUGGAAUUCAUGCCAGAAAACGCGCUCCUCAGAUUUCUCCAGCCCCCGCGUCGUCUACUGAACUAGAAGAACGAAACAGGACAUGGUGGGCAGUGAUACUACUAGACAGAUAUGUAAAUCUCGGUGGGAAAAACCGGCCAUUCGCUUGCGAAGAUGCACGUCCAGACGCAUAUUUACCCAUGGAUGAUGGCCUCACUUUGGUUCAGCCUCUGGCAGUUUCCACAUCCACUACGGUAGCUGCAUCUUAUUUCGCCAGGACGUGUCAAGCGGCCCAUCUCUUGUCCAAGGUUUUUCGUCAUUUGAACGACUUCGACACCGACCAAGAGUUCCGAUAUCAAGAAGCAAUCCAAAUACACCGCACCGUCCAAGCUCUGAGUUCCACGAUUCUGCUUGAAGCUGAGGAACAAGUCGAAAAAACCUCGGAUAGUACUACGCAUUUGGUUUUCUGCACUGCGAUAGGCCUGUGCUUCAGCGCGCUGUUCAGCCUCUACAACGAGUAUUCCUGUGUCGACAAAUUUGCGCCUGAGCAGCUCAAGAGCCCUCACCUCCGGGACAUGCAGCAACAGGCGUUUUCUGGCCUCGGAGAUAUAUGCGACGCGGUCCUUCAGUUAUCGGCUCGCGUCUAUGCCGCAGCUGAACUUGGAGGGCUGAUGAAGACGACCCCUUUGAUAGCCGAUUGCCUCUACCAAGCCGCUGCAACCUAUCUUUGGUAUAGUCACGAGACUGGAGUCCAAGAAUGGCAUGGGAAGAUGAUGGAAAUAAAGAAGCUAUUAGUGACAAUGGGUGUCAAAUGGAAGUCUGCAGGUGAAUAUAUCCAGCUUCUUGAGGCAUACGAAGCCUCGGACAAGUUUUGA